GAAAAUGGUUCACCAACACAACCACAAUGUCCCUCACCCCUAUUAAAACCCCUCUUGGCCUUCUCUCUCUCUCCAUAACACUACCUAGCUAUCUAACAUCUCUAGCUAAUUCAUCUAAGCCUACCCUCGUUGUUUAUGGUCAUGGGAGCCUUCCCUCGUUUCGAACCAAUCACCAAAUGUAGCACCAAAGACCGGUCAAACCAAACCGUAGCUUCAGACUUAGAUGGCACCCUCUUCGUCUCUCGAAGUGCCUUUCCUUACUACAUCCUCGUAGCUCUCGAAGCUGGUAGCGUCCUCAGAGCACUACUCCUUCUUACCUCUGUCCCCUUCGUGUAUUCCACCUACCUAUUUUUCUCCGAAACCGUGGCCAUCAAAACCUUAAUUUUCAUAACGUUCGCGGGGUUAAGAAUUAAAGACGUUGAGCUCGUGGCGCGUUCGGUGUUGCCGAGGUUCUAUGCGGAGGACGUGCACCCUGACACGUGGCGAGUGUUCAAUGCCUUUGGGAAACGGUACAUUGUGACGGCGAGUCCGCGGGUGAUGGUGGAGCCGUUUGUUAAGACGUUUUUGGGAGCUGAUAAGGUGCUUGGAACGGAGCUAGAGAUAACAAAGUCUGGGAGGGUAACGGGGUUCGUUAAGGAACCUGGUGUUCUGGUUGGUGAGCACAAAAGAGUAGCAGUUGUGAAGGAAUUUGGGCAUGACUCACCAGAUUUGGGACUUGGAGAUAGUGUUACUGACCAUGACUUCAUGUCAAUUUGCAAGGAAGGGUACAUGGUGCCAAGAAUCAAGUGUGAGCCAUUACAAAGAAACAAGCUUCUAAGCCCAAUUAUUUUUCAUGAGGGCCGUUUGGUUCAGAGGCCAACUCCUCUAGUGGCCCUUUUGACUUUCCUAUGGAUGCCAAUUGGUAUCAUACUCUCAAUCCUAAGGGUCUAUCUCAACAUCCCUUUGCCAGAAAGAAUUGCUUGGUACAGCUAUAAGCUUCUGGGAAUCAGAGUCAUUAGGAAGGGUACCCCUCCACCACCACCAAAGAAAGGCCAAAGUGGAGUGCUAUUUGUUUGUAACCACCGCACAGUUUUAGAUCCAGUGGUUACAGCAGUUGCACUUGGAAGAAAAAUUAGCUGUGUCACAUAUAGUAUAAGCAAAUUCACUGAAAUAAUUUCACCAAUUAAAGCUGUGGCACUGUCAAGGGAAAGAGAGAAAGAUGCAGCCAACAUCAAGAAAUUACUUGAAGAAGGAGACUUGGUUAUUUGCCCUGAAGGCACCACUUGCAGGGAACAAUUCCUUUUGAGGUUCAGUGCACUUUUUGCUGAGCUAACAGAUAGGAUUGUCCCAGUUGCAAUCAACACAAAGCAAAGUGUGUUUUAUGGCACCUCGGUUCGCGGGCACAAGUUGUUGGACCCUUAUUUUGUGUUCAUGAAUCCUAUGCCAACAUAUGAGAUCAGUUUCUUGAACCAGUUACCAACAAAACUCACAUGCAAAGGAGGGAAAUCUGCUAUUGAAGUUGCAAAUUAUAUUCAAAGGGUCCUUGCAGGGACUUUGGGAUUUGAGUGCACCAAUUUAACAAGGAAGGACAAGUAUGCUAUGCUCGCAGGAACAGAUGGAACUGUUCCAUCUAAGAAGGCUUGAAAUUGGAGAGGGACAAAGUGAAAUCCCUUUUGAUUCUCUAUUGGUCAGGUUGUUUCCAAAUCGCUUAGAAUCAUAAGAAUAAUAAAAUCUGAUUGUGUUUAUGCCCAUAAAAAUAACAGUUUAUGUAUAUUGUUAUUAUGAUAGAUACAAAUUAUAGUGUCUGUUGUUGGUUCAGUUCUGAAAACCUAUAGUGCAUCUUUUUGCUUUAGUGGUUAAUGUUCCAAAAAGUUUUUGGCUACAGUGUAUGAUACUUAUGACAAAUAUAGUACUACUGAUAAUAAGGUACAAGCAGUAAAGGCACUGCUUUUGGUGUUAUCAA